AUGGUUAGCUUCCUCUCCCCUAAAGUUAAAGAUGCGGCCCCGGACUCGGCAGCAGGGGGAAAAGGCCACAAGGAUGGCCUCGACGCUAUUCCCCAUCCGACAGACUACGAUAGCGAUGUCGUCGGACACAUCGCCCAAGCACGCGAAGCGAAGCGGCAGAUCGGCAUUCCUAGCGCAGUGUUCCUGAUCGUCAAUCGAAUUAUCGGCACGGGUAUUUUCGCGACUCCCAGUGGUAUCCUCGCCCUGUCCGGCAGUGUCGGCCUUACGCUCUUCAUAUGGGUUGCUGGCAUGUUGAUUGCCUUCGCAGGCACCGCAGUUUACCUGGAAUUCGGCACGGCCAUUCCCAAGAACGGAGGCGAGAAGAACUACCUUGAAUACGUCUACCGGAAACCAAAGUUUCUUGCUACCGGCCUGUACGCUGGAUAUGUCGUUCUCCUCGGUUGGGCCAGCGGUAACUCUGUUGUCUUUGGUGAAUACAUCCUCCAUGCCGCGCAGGUCAAGGUAGAUCGGUGGAACCAGCGUGGCGUCGGGCUUGCAUGCAUUACAGCGGCCUUCUUGAUCCAUGGCCUUGCUCUCAAGUGGGGCCUGCGACUCCAGAAUUUCUUGGGAACGAUCAAGGUCAUCAUCAUCCUUAUCAUCGUGGUUUCGGGAUGGGUUGCCCUCGGCGGCCACACUAAGCUCGACACUAAGCCCAACAACUUCGACAACGCAUUCGAUGGCACGACCGGCAGCGCAUACGGUGUCGUCACGGCGCUCUACAACGUCAUCUGGAGCUAUAUCGGUUACAGCAACGCCAACUACGCCUUGAGCGAAACCAAGAACCCCGUCAGGACGCUGAAGGUCGCCGCUCCCCUCGCCGUCGGCGUCAUCUCCAUCCUUUACAUGUUCGUGAACAUUGCAUACUUCGCGGCCGUUCCCAAGGAAGAGAUCCUUGCUGCUCGACGACUGGUCGCUGCUUCUCUGUUCCGAAACAUGUUUGGCGAGACGGCCGAGCGCGCUCUCUCUGUUUUCGUCGCACUAUCCGCUUUCGGCAAUGUCCUGAGUGUCAUCUUCUCCCAGGGCAGGUUAGUCCAGGAGUUUGGUCGCGAGGGCGUGCUGCCAUUCUCGCGGUUCUGGGCAAGCAACAGGCCGUUCAAUGCGCCACUUGCCGGAUUGUUUGAACACUGGCUCGUCUCUAUCAUCAUCAUGUUGGCUCCCCCGCCAGGUGAUGCUUAUAACUUCAUUCUCAACCUCAUUUCCUAUCCUCUCGCCAUUGUCAAUAUAUUCGUUGCUGGCGCUCUCGUCCAUCUCUACCUUCAUCGCAAGGCCUGGAACUGGAACCCUCCCAUCAGCGCCACUUUCCCUGUCGUCCUCUUCUUCCUCCUCAGUAAUAUCUACCUCACCGUGGCACCAUUCGUUCCUCCGGAGGAAGGACAGAACAUCUACGAAAGCCUCCCCUACUGGAUCCACUGCGUUGUCGGUAUUGGCAUCAUUCUCGCUGGAGGCGUCUACUGGCUCUUCUGGGCUAUUAUCUUGCCCAGGAUUGGCGGCUACCAGUUGGUUAGGGAGGUGGAGGUUGACGACAUCGAUGGAUGGGAGAGAAACGUGUUUAGGAGGAAGCCUCUUUCGGAAACUUCGUAG